UCACGUCAUUAAAAUCCCGCCACAAAUAUAUAUUUUAUAUAAACCUCACAUGUGCAUUUAAAUAAAAUUCAUACAUACCCUUAAAUACAUCAACUAACACAUAAACCAUAGUUUCUGACGUUACUUCAACUUAAUUACCAGAAAAACAAAAUGGCAAAACCCAAAAGUUGGUGCACGAUUUUACUCCUUUCUUUCCUGCUCAACUUCUUGUUUUUCUUCCCAUUUACCACUCAAUUACUUGCCGCAUCUUCUAUCGAUUUCGUGCGGCCGCCUGCUCGGAGUGUUGUACUAACUCCCCACAAGCGUUCACCUUCUGAUCCUCAACAGGUUCAUGUAUCGUUGGUGGGAAAUGAUCGAAUGAGGGUGACAUGGAUAACAGAAGGAAUGGAAGCAUCAAUAGUAGAAUAUGGAACAAAUUCAGGAAAAUAUGAAUCAUCGGCAAAAGGGGAUCAUAAGACGUACCAUUAUUUUUUGUAUAGUUCGGGAAGAAUACAUAAUGUCGUGAUAGGACCAUUGAAGCCUAGUACAACGUACUAUUAUCGUUGUAGCAAGAAAGGGCCAGAGUUGUCGUUUAGAACACCUCCUUCCUCUUUUCCCAUUGAGUUUGCCAUUGUCGGGGACCUCGGUCAGACUGAAUGGACAAAAUCGACAUUGGAACAUGUCGGCGAAAAAGACUAUGAUGUGUUUUUAUUACCAGGAGAUCUCUCAUAUGCCGAUACCCAACAGCCUCUAUGGGACACCUUUGGGCGUCUAGUUGAACCAUAUGCGAGCCAAAGGCCUUGGAUGGUAACACAGGGAAACCACGAUGUCGAGUUCAUCCCCUUCAUAGCUGAUCCCUUUAGGGCAUAUAACGCAAGAUGGCGUAUGCCCUAUGAGGAGAGUGGAUCCACCACAAAUUUGUACUACUCGUUUGAUGUGACUGGAGCCCACAUCAUAAUGCUUGGGUCUUACACUGACUAUGAUACUAACUCGGAUCAAUAUGCAUGGCUCAAAUCUGACUUGUCAAAAAUUGAUAGGGUAAAGACACCAUGGAUCAUAGUGUUGCUACAUGCACCAUGGUACAAUUCAAAUAUGGCACAUAAGGGUGAAGGGGAGAGCAUGAGGCAAGCAAUGGAACAAUUGUUGUAUAAUGCUAGAGUUGAUGCGGUUUUCACUGGUCAUGUACAUGCAUAUGAGCGCUUUACUAGAGUUUACAAUAACCAAGUUGAUCCAUGUGCACCUCUUCAUAUUACUAUCGGUGACGGAGGGAAUAGAGAAGGUCUUGCUUUGAUGUUUGAAAAUCCUGCACCGUCUAUCUCGAUGUACAGAGAGCCAAGUUUUGGACAUGGACGGCUGAGAAUAUUAGAUGCUAGAAAAGCUCAUUGGUCAUGGCAUCGGAAUAAGGAAUCAAAUGCAUCAACAAUUGCAGACGAGCUAUGGCUUGAAAGCUUAAGCUCGUCCACCACUUGCUCGCUGAAUAUGUCGACCAUUAUCCACGAAGAAUUUUAAGAGACCAUACUGUUUGAUUGUAAGAGUAGCAAUUUGAGGCACUAGCGCUCAUCCAUAUAUAUGACGAAUCUAGCUUUCGAUCAUAGUCAUUUUGAAAUAUUACGUAAAUACUCAAUGUUAUGAAACUUACUUUGAGAUUCAAACUAAUGAAUGGACUAUUUGGUUAUUGAUA